UGUUUACAAGUUUUAGAAGAAUCUGGAAACUACAACCAUGUCUACAAAGGGGUUUAUGCCUAUUCGAGUUAGCGGUAUCCCUGUCGGGUCGGAGCCGGUGAAACGUCAGAAAGGCCGCCGGACAGGGCUGGUUCUGCUGGCGGGAGCAUGUCUGGGUGCGGUCGCGGUGUGUGCAGUCCUCAUGCCGCUGGUCUACUUCACCCUGGCUGACCUGCAGGUUAAAGUGGACAAACUCAUCGACGAGCGAUCCCAGAAGGGGUUAGAGAUUCACAGCGAUUCGCUUGGAGAGACCGUAAACGGUAAUGAAGACCGACACCGCCGUGGCGCCGGCCCAGGGGAUCGCCCUCCGCCUCCACCGCCCCGAAGCGGUGCAGUGUACGUGCGCUGGGGAAAGGAAAUGUGCGCCUCUGACGUUGAAACUCUGUAUAAUGGAGUUGUGGGAGCUGGUAAUUACAACCAUAAGGGAGGAUCUGGCAACUACCAAUGCCUCCCGUUGGACAACGUGGAGUGGAACAAAACACAAGCAGGAUACCAACACCACAGCUACAUGUACGGGGCAGAGUACCAAGGUGGGGUGGGGCCUUUUUCCACCGAAAAUAUGCCAGAGGGCAUAACCAACCCAGCUAACUACGACAUACCAUGCUCCGUGUGUCACGUGGUCGGACGAUUCGCACACGUCAUGAUCCCCGCCCGUCUGUCGUGUCCCCAGGGGUGGUACAAGGAGUACAGCGGCUACCUGAUGUCGUCCAACUACAACCACAACAGUAACAGUGACUUCAUCUGUGUGGACGGAGCUCCCAACCUUGUGCCGGGGUCAGCUGCUAACGAAAACGGGGCACUGCUGUACCUGGUGGAGGCGCAGUGUGGCUCUCUUCCGAAUGGGCCUUACGUCAAUGGAUUUGAGUUGACCUGUGUGGUCUGCACCAAGUAAACACAGUUUAUACACCGCUUUGAGAUCGCAGUUGCUAGUGACGAAUGGCACUAACAAUUUAUCAUCGGAGCAUCUUUAUUUGAGCGUGAGCUUGGCAUGUUUGAUACAGUAAUUCAAGACAUUAUGGAUGUUUAUGAUAUUUAGUUUAUGGGUAGAUGUUGUGUAAACGGUAGGAUUAACCUGGAGCCUAUAUGUAUUUCGGUGGAAAUCCUUUUUUUAAUCUAUUGUUCAGGAUUUGGAAUACAGACAAGGUGUUUGGUGAUUGGGCCUUAACUGUCUUUAGGGUACAAAACACUUGGUAUUUUCUAUAACCGGCCAAGAGCCCUUUUUGAACAGCAUGGACGUUUUCAUUGUUAAAGUUGGCAAAUUAAAAAAAAAAUCCAAGAUGC